GAAUGGAGUUUUACAAUUUUGUUAUGUUCAUUGAACUUCUGGUUCUGUUUGCAAUAAAUGGACCAAUGUACUACAAAAUUCCUCAUAACUUCAACCAAUCAGAUCUGUUUCUUGAUAUCAGGAACCGACAAGGAUUGUCAGUUCUAUCAGUGCUGUGUUAUAGAGCAAUAGACGUUGUUCUACUUAAAGCUGGUGAUACCACUCGAAUAAAUUCUGGAACAUGCAUGCAUGUUGAAUUGCUAACGUUGGUGCUAAUCUCCUGGAUCCUGUGGCUUGAACUAGUCCUCUUCGUCUCUGCAGGUUCUCCUAACUCGGUUAAACACAUCAAGUUACAGAUACUCUGCUUCAUAUGCCCUUUCCUGAUGAUGGCGCCUUGUAUGUUCUACAAGAUGUUUGAGUAUACCCCAACCACCUACCGAGUUAUCUGCUCCUUCAAAACACCUACAGUUGCAGAGACACACCAGAUAGGAAUAUCAAGUAUGAUGAUGCUGCUGUUUACCUUGUGGAUACCAGCACAUACUUUAUUAAUCAUGAGCUAUAAGAGGAACAGGUUGAACAUGCUGACAGUUGUCAUGGGACUGGUUUGUAUUGCUCUCUACAUUCCUGAACUCAUGCACUUCAUGGAUAACAACACAAAAGCAUCUAUAGACGCUUCAACUUGCCGUUCCUUUAUCCUGAUGCUCCUUUCUGUUUACCUGAACUCAAGUGUAGCUGCAAAGAUGGAGAAAGAAGUUGUAUAACUUUGGAUGUGACAUCACAUGUGACUCACAUGUUUGUCACAUGCGACUUGAUUGUUGAUUAUACGUAGAAUUUCAGAUAGCUAGGCUUUAAUUUAAAUCUUAGCUUAUGUGUCGAAUACGUAUGGUAUUAUAUUAUGUGUUUAAUGUAAGUAUAACGUAAGGAGAUGUCUUAGGAUAUUCCCCUGUGUAUGGUGGAAUUAUGUGAUUAGUACUAGGCAUAUUGUUUGGUCUGAAAUUUGAUUUUGUCGCAUUUGAAAUGUAGACCUGGCAAAAAAAGACGACCGUUUUUUCGACGAUUUUGAUUGUAGCCGAAUCGCCCAACAUGACAUGAACAUGCUUUAUAACUACGAAUAUGUGAAUAUGGCCGCAGAAUUUAACACAGUCCAUAAGUCAUCAUAUCUAAUUGAUGAUUGAAUUGUACCAUUUUACUGUCUCAUGCUCAGGUGUACAUUUCAUUUUUCAGUUGUACAGUUUAGGUUUAAAAAUAAUUUGAUGCUAUUAUGUUCUGCCUCUAAUAUUUUAUAGGUUUAUUUUGCAAAUAAUUAUUUGAUCCAAUAUCCUAUGGUUGUAGUGUUUAAAUCUUUUUAAUCAUGAGGUUGAAUAUUUGGGUGAUUAUUUAUUAGCCGCUGAUAAAACGUUGAACGUUUAUUAUUAUAAUAUCUUCUAUCUGAUUGACUGUUCAUUAAAUUAAUACGACGCCUGAAAUGGAAGGAAUACUGUUGGUUUAUGUAGCUACAUACCUGUAGGUUGAUUCUACCUCUGAGAAUUCCGUAAAGAUUGUUUAGAACUCGAAUCGUCUUAAGCCCUGAGCUUUGGUGUUUAGUUAGCAUAGUCCAUGUUAUUACUUUGAUGUUUGUUAAAUUCUUAUGCUUUAUAACAAUUUAUUACUCGUAUCAGAAAUUAUGUUGUUUUUUGGGUAACUUAUGUAAAUUUAUGAUAAUUUAAUCUAUUAGAUUAGAAUGUUGUAAAACAUAUUGACGUUAGUUGUAAAAUUUAACAGGUUUUUACUGUCUGCACAUUUAUGACAUAAGAUUGCACAUUUUCAGGACAA